AUGAACUCGCUCAAUACAGAUCUGUUCAUGUCCACUACCGGCGCAAGCAGCACCCAGCCCGACCGUGCCACCUUUCAACAAGCCUGGAUGUCGAGCAUGUUUCCCGUCGCCGUCACGGGAGGGAACGGCCAGGUUCAUAAUUGGCUUCUCUGGGAAUGCCCGUGGACCGCGCCCCAAGGUAACAUGUUUGGCGUCUCUUCUUUGGGAGUUACUCGAAACAGCCCGUUCCAUGUGAACUACAAGCUCGCCGGCAUCCAAUCCGAGUGCGACACCGUUCCCGGCGAUUCGGGCUACGGCAGCUUUCUCCCCUCCAGCAUCCCGGACACGUCGGCCUACAGUGAGGAUGUCAACCAGUUCUUACGGGAUGCGGAGAAUGGCAUGAUCGACCUCCACACCACCGGGGCCGGCUCCUGUUCCCUGUCCGGCGGCGUGUCGGCCCGCGACGGACACGUCAUCACCGCCAACACGUCGACUACACCGUCCGGCGGUGGGCUGCGGAACUACGUGUGCUCGGACUGCGGGGAGCUAUGCAGGUCCAAUUCCAUUCUCAAGAAGCACCGUCUCCGGCAUGAGAAGCCAUUCGUCUGUCAGGAAGGCUCGUGCGCUAGGGGCACUGGCUUUACCUCGAAAAAUGACCUGAACAGGCACCUGAUGACGGUGCACAAGAAUAUCAGCCUGGGCAUCACAUACGUCUGCCAUGAGGAGGCAUGCCGCACAAAGCCUCCCAAGGCUUGGCCGAGAGCAGACAACUUUAGAUCGCACCUGCUGCGGGUUCACAAGAUAGCAGUCCCGGCGGAUGGCGACUUGUCCCGUUACCACAAUCGGUCUAGUGGUCCCAUGGUGGACGAGUUGUCGGGAGUGGGCACGGGGCACCAAGAACUUGCUCUCCCUCCAGCUAGGUCGGUAGCGUUCUCAGACGUCAUGCUAGCCCAGGAUGAUCCAGCGAGCCCCCAAGAGGUGGACUCCCUAGACCUCCCGGCGGACGUUGGCGAGACCAGCAUCCAGCCCUGCAUCCCCGACGAUGCCCUUCUGAUGCCACCCCCUUCGGCCCAUCGAUGGCAUACGAGUACCAGUACCACGCAGCCCAGGGAUUCCCAGCCCUCCUCGAGUACGUCUCUACAGUGUCAAAGCGCCGCCCUGAAACCGUUUGUCUCCGGUGUUCCUGAGGGCCAUCUCCAGGAUAAUUCGGGAAUCACAGCCCCUGCCCGGUAUCUCAAAGAGGAUUCAGAUUCGUCCCCGUCAGAGCCCCUCGACGCCCAGUGGACGUCGGGUGUCGCUGAGAAACAGCAGUCUGUCUCCUCUUCAGGCGAAGAGAACGACCUAGACCAAGAUAGGCCCGACUCCAAGAUCCUGCUUUCGGUGCCUGCUACGUCCACUUCUGGAGCCCAAGACCUGCACCUUGAUUAUUCACAGAUGCUCGAGUGUCUGAAGAAGAUUCCGCCUAAGCUUUUGAAGGCAGCCCUCAACGACAAAAAAAAACCGGAAAAAUUGGUCAGAAGAGCGUUACUCAAGUGUCCCGAGUGUAACAAGAAAUUCCGUCUUCCAUGUGAAUUGAAGAAGCACAGGAAGCGCCACGACCGGCCAUAUGGCUGCACUGUGUCGCAGUGUCCACAGAACUUUGGCAGCAAGAAUGACUGGAAGAGGCACGAGUCUAGUCAGCACAACCCAAACGACUUGUGGCAUUGCAACUGUAAUCACGCAGGUGGGAGCUGCGGUAGCUCCAGCUCCAGCUCCAGCGGCGUCGGCGUCGGCGCCGGGCACUGCACAAGCUCCUUCUGGUGCGGCUUCUGUCGCAGUCUCAUCUCGGUCGUCGUCGGUGACCGGUCCUCCUCUCCGCCGGUGCCCAGCCCCAUAGACCAGAGGUUCAACCAUAUCGACGAUCACUUCAUGGGGCGCGGCGGCCUUCCCGUCAAGAACAUAAAAGAGUGGUGCUCCGACAGAGGUCAGGCUUCUGGCCAGUCCUCCGACACGGGCCACGACAACGGUCAGCAUCGGCAGCCCCCCAGCAGCGACGACGACACUGGCCCCGGAACCGCCCAUCUCGAAGGGGCUGGCAAGUUGAUCUCACAUCCGAGCCGACCGCUUCAAAGGCACCACCUGCUAAAGCCGGCGGGCUCGGACCAGCAGUCACAGCACAUCGCAAUGCACCCUGGCCCUAGUCUAGUUAAAUUCGGCAUGGCAGGCUUGGCUAAGUACUAA